AUGCACGGCCUUGUUGCAGCAAAUACAGUGGUGGCAGCAACGGCUUGUUCGGUGUGGGAUAUCUACGGCUCCCUUCAGGUCCUCACAAUUAUUAACACAUAUCUGCCAAAUGUUCUUGGAACGGUAAAAGUCCUUGAAGGUGAUGGACAUGUUGGAACACUUCUAAACGUUACAUUUCCACCUGGAACCCCUGGAGUUGGUUAUAUGAAAGAAAAGAUCACAAAAGUUGAUAACGAAAAGCGUGUGAAGGAAACAGAAACCAUUGAAGGAGGAUUUUUAGCAUCGGGGUUCAAGCGUUAUAUAACUCAAUACAAAGUUAUCGAGAAAAAUUAUACAUCUAGUAUAAUAAGAUCAACAAUAAAGUAUGAGAUUGAUGAUAAGUUAGCAAAUCUUACUUCUCUAGUCAACACCAAUCUGGUAGAAAUACUUGCAGAAACCGUUGGAAAAUACCUGACCGAGAUUGCACCUUCUCCUUCUCCUUCUCCAUUUCCUUACUAG